AUGGUCUUCCCUUUCCGACUUCGCGGCUUCGUUAAAUGUUUCCACUUGCUUGAUCUGCGGAGCUGCUUCAAAUUGCUGCACAGCUCUGGGGUUGUUCACAGGGAGAAGAUGGACGUGGGCUUGGACAAGCAGCGCAGUGGAUCUCAUGGGGGGUCAGAGUCUGGGCGGUCGUUUCGGAGCAGCCCCCGGGGCUUGGAUUUAGAAACUGUUGCGCCGGAGGAGGAUGAGUCGGAGCCAGAGACCGCCGUUUCGCAGAACGGCGCGCCCCUCCCUGGUUCAGAGGACCUUGCAUGGAAUCGGGACGCGAUAGAUCCUCAGGAAGAGGAAUUGUAUACGGAGAAGCCUCUCAUUCCCAAGCAGCGGGGCCAAGGUGAUGAAGCAUCCGGUCGCGCGAGGGGAUGGAAUCUGGAGGAGGGGGGGCGCAUGCUGCCCCCCCUGGAGGAGAAUUCUGGUGGCCGAGGGGGGCGCGUGCCCAUCGUGGGGGGGGUCGGGCCCGAAGGGGGGGGGGUGGGGCGAGUGGCGAGGGGAGAGGAGGUGCGAGGGGAGAGGAGGCGC